CGUCUUGCUUCACUGAUCCGUUGACUCCGUCACUCCGUCUUCUCCCGCCACCCUUGCCCUCUCGUCGCAACUCUUCCCGCCAUUCCCCUUUACCCUUACCGCCGCCAAAUUUCCCCAAACCGCCUUCUCGUCCUUGCCCCAGUUUCCACAUCCAUUGAGGGACCAGGCGACAACCUCUCGCCAAUGGCGUCGCCGCCGGCCGCCGGGCUCACUGCCUACGAGCGCCUCCGCGAGGAGAACAUCCGCCGCAACGGCGUCAUCCUCGCCUCCCUCCGCCGCAAGGCCGGCGAGCUCUCGGCCGCCAUCCAGUCCUCCUCCGCCGCCAAACGCGCCAGUAAUCAACCCCGCAAGAAGCCCAAGACCCCGGCGAACCCCUCCGAACGCCGCCGCUCCCUCCGGCUCUGCCAACUCCCUCCCACCCACUCUCCGGACGCGGAGCCCAAGCCCGAGCCCCCUCCGGAGCCGCGCAGCACCAGCAUCUCGUCCGCGCUCGCCUCCUCUAUCCUCGAGGCCGUCCCGCUUUCAGCACCGGCUGCCAAGGUCCGCGCGGACGAUUUCGACGCCGGGAGGGUGCUCGUGCUGAGGCCGGAGGACGUGAGGAGGGUCGUGCGCGACAGGAUACUGGGGGUUCUGGUCCUGCCGCUGGUCGACAGGACGGUAGUGGUGGCCGGGAACAAGUUGGGGAAUAUUGGGAUCUGGGACGCGGAUGGCUUGGUGGAGGAGGAUGAGGCUGGCGACGGUGCAGAUGGGGUGUUCGAGUAUUUGCCCCACAGGGGGCCUGUUGCAGCAAUUGCGGCACAUCCGACCACGCCACAGAAGGUUUACAGCUGUAGCUAUGAGGGUGAAAUUUGUCUUAUGGACCUUGAGAAGGAGAACUUUAAUAUGAUCCAGUUAUGCGACUAUCCUGUUUAUUCGCUUUCUCAAGCACCAGAUAAUGCUAACUGCCUAUAUUUUGGUGAUGGACAUGGUGAACUGAAACUUUACGAUGAGCGGGCAGGUAAGGUAUCAAGCGCAUGGGAAUCACACGAGCAGACAAUCAACUCAAUAGAUUUUCAUCCAGAGAAAAAACAUAUGCUUGCCACAAGUUCAACAGAUCGAACAGCACGUAUAUGGGAUCUGAGAAGACUGAAAAAGAAAAAAGAAGAGAGCUUGAAAGUUUUCAAACAUAGUAGAUCUGUUCAGUCAGCUUAUUUCUCACCUGGUGGCCACAUGGUAGCGACAACAAGCCUUGAAGAUACUGUCCGAAUCUUUGGCGGGGAUGACUUUGGUAAUUCGCACAGUAUCAAGCAUAAUAACCAGACAGGCAGAUGGCUUUCUACAUUCAAGGCAAUCUGGGGCUGGAAUGACACUAGCCUAUUUAUCGGAAACAUGAAAAGGGCAAUAGAUGUUAUCUCAGUUGAUGCCAGUGACAGUAGCCUCUUAGCUUCAAACAGCGCCCUUCUUGAGAGCGAACACAUGACAGCCAUUCCAUGCCGGUUUUCUCUACAUCCAUAUAAAGUUGGACAUCUUGCUUGUGCAAGCUCCGGAGGCAAGGUGUUCCUUUGGACAAGAGCCUGAAUCAACAAGAUCUCCGAUAAGCCGACUUUUGUUGCGGGUUCUGUUAGAAGUCAUUCUGGGAGUCUCUUCUAGGAACAUAUAUUCACUUAGAUAGUUGUGACUCCUAGUGCAUGUUUAAUAUCCCUCCGAAGAAAUUUAUAAUAUUUAGCAUAGUGGUACCCCUCUUGUUUUAGAUGUUUUAGCCAGUGGAAAAGUUGUAUAUUUGUUGGAAAAAUGCUGGGUAAUUGGAAACUUUUUCUCUCUCGGUGAGUA